UCCUUGGGACAUUGAGGGAGAAAGAUAGUGAGUGAGGCCUUAGAGAAAAAGAAAAAUGGCAGUUGCUCGUGCUCCACCGCUCAUCAUAACCUCAUCUCCUCAACCCGCCACAAUCCCAACCAGAAAACAAACUUCCAAUGAUCCUCCUCCCUUCAUCCUCCUCAGCCGCCGGCAUUGCUUCACCGCCCUCACCCUCUCAAUCUCCGCCACCAACCUCUUCUUCCCUCUCGCCAAAGCAGCCAUCCUCGAAGCCGACGAUGACGAGGAGCUCCUGGAGCGAGUCAAAAAGGAUAGACAAAAGAGAAUCCAACGCCAGGGUGUUAUCAACUCCUCUAAAUUAGAAACCGGAUAUCUUCAAGAUGUUAUUUACAAGCUGAGCAAAGUUGGACAAGCUAUUGAGAAAAGUGAUCUCUCAACUGCUAACUCAGUUCUAGGCUCAAACACUAAUGCUGACUGGGUACAAAAUGCCAGUUCUGCUUUCACCAAGCUUAGUUCUAGUCCUGAAGAGAAAACUCAGGUGGAUGCCUUCCUAUCAUCAUUAUCAUCUCUGUUUUCAUCAGUGGCUAAACAGGAUGUUGAAUCCUCCAAAGUGGCGUUUGUGUCCUCUGCUACUGCAUUGGAGAAAUGGAUUAGCUUAACUGGUUUGGUUGGCCAGCUCAAAGGUCUCUGACUGGAAGCCUAAACCAUGAAAUUACACUUGCCUUUCUUGUAUUUUUUGUUUCCUUGUUUUUUUUUUCAUUUCUUUUUAUGGUGAUCAAUACUUCAUUCUACCACAUAUAUCUCUUGUGUGCAAAACGCCAUUGAGCUGUUUUGCAAAUUCGGAUUUUCAUAUGAUUUCAGGAGUCUAAACAACAAUUGAGUGAUCAUCCAGAUCAAAUA